AAAAGUGCUGGAACAAAUGUAUAUUGUCAUGAGUUCGUCGCAGCUAAUUCAGCACCAUUACUGUUCUCACUUCUCUUAAAUCAAUAGCAGCUGACGUCAGAGUGGGUGCCGGUGGGGCGCUAUCAGCGAAGUGAGGGGGGCAGUGCACUUGAUGUAACUUGGCUAGUAGUGUCAUGUAUCGCGCAAGUGGUUCUGUUAACUGUUUCAUGUUUUGUGACCAUUUGCCGCUUGAUUCGUCGUAAGAUUCAAAAUAUCGACCAUUCACUCGGAUACUUUUCUAUUAAUUCAGAUGGAUUUACUAAGUGCGGUUCCAGUUUUUCUCAGUUCGACGACUAAGUAACGUGUUUAGUGGCCUUCACCGGUUUAUUAGUGUUGACAUUGAAGGUCUUUCGACGCCAAGACUGCAAAAGGCCAGUGAGGGUCAACUAUUCGAAUUUUCAUUAAUCCCAUCUAUUCACUGAUGCAGGAUCGUUGCACUUAUGCCUCUACACUAAGCCACUUUUUUGAGCCAUCAGGAACUGAGGGGAUCUGAGGACAAGCAACCUUUUCACAUCAGUUCGCGGCUUUCGCCAAUUUCUCAACGUGAAAACGGUUCCAAAAUCAGUAUUUCAAAAUUGCUGCCAUGGGUCGUAAGAAAAUUCAAAUAUCCAGGAUCACAGAUGAACGGAAUCGUCAAGUGACAUUCAAUAAACGCAAAUUCGGAGUCAUGAAAAAGGCAUAUGAGCUCUCGGUACUAUGCGACUGUGAAAUUGCUCUAAUUAUUUUCAGUAGUAGCAAUAAAUUAUACCAGUAUGCCAGUACGGACAUGGACAAGGUGCUCUUGAAGUACACGGAAUAUAAUGAACCACACGAAUCCUUAACAAACAAGAACAUUAUAGAGGCACUUAAUAAGAAGGAGCAUAAAAACGGAGUCAUGAGCCCUGACAGUCCGGAACCAGAAACAGAAUACCAACUGACCCCAAGAACUGAAGCUAAAUACACAAGGAUAGACGAGGAAUUUCAAAUGCUUAUUCAAAAGAAUCAGAUGAAUGGACAAAGGGUGAACAUGGGAUCAAACUACAACCAACCAGUGUCAGUACCAGUGAAUAUUAGUUACAACGAGAGUGGUCUUCUCCAAUCUAGUCCACAGAUGGCGCACACAAGUAUAAGUCCUCGUCCAUCAUCUUCAGAGACCGACUCUGUAUAUCCAAGUGGCGCGAUAUUGGAAAUGAGCAACGGUUAUCCAAAUUCAGCCUCGCCCAUGGGAGGCUCACCAUCUCCAGGGCCAAGUCCUGGCCCUGGUAUGAGCUCUUCGAAACAUCCAAAACAACAUUCACCUGUAUCUAGAUCGAAUCUUCGGGUGGUAAUACCGGCGCCACUUGGAGGGCAUGGUAUUACCCAAGAUGAUGUGGUUUAUAGUGAGCACUCGCGAACGCAGUCUGCAUUGAACACUCCAGUAGUUGCGUUGCAAACUCCCGGCUUAUCUUCUAAUUACUCAGGUUCUCUAAGUUCAUCAUUUGCCCCCCAAGAUUUCAGUAUCGGUACUGACAUGGGACUCGGUAUAUCAUGGGCCAGUCAUCAAAUACCAACAUCACUAGCACAUACAAGUGGAUUACCCCAUCUGGCGGUAUCCAGCAGUACGCCACCCCCACAAUCCUCGUCACCUGUACCGAUUAAGAUAAAAAGUGAACCAAUUUCACCUCCACGCGAACACCAUACGCAUUUGAGUGCUGCUGUGCAUCAUGGCCAUAUACAAAACCUUAAUUUAGCGCAUAGUCAUCAUCCCAGGCCGAACUCUGCGGGUCAGAUAACGUCAACACCCGGGAGUGUCACGCCUACGAACUUGCCCUCUCCUUCGGGGCCCUCUAGUGGCGAUUACGAAACGGUACAGAUGCACAAGAGACCGAGACUUACCGACUGGCCUUCUUAAAUUUCGUCCGCUCAGAACACUCAAAGUGCCAUAGUGCGGUUAGAAUUAAAUACUGAUCAUGAUGAGUCUAUUGCCAAUUGUCGUCCUAUGUGAUAAACUUUGAGUCUAGUUGAACAAUAAUUAAAUUGAAAUUUAUAAGCAUGAAAUUAUUUUCUAUAGAAACGAGGAUAUUUGGGAUGGGUUAGUGUGGUGCGUUUCACGUAUUUUAUGAUUUUAGUCGAUUACGUAUACAUCUGCAAUCGAUUGGUCAGGAACAGUGGUAAUUGAACAUGCGAUAAUGCAACUGCAUUGAUUAACAUCACAUUGGUAUAACUAAAAGACUAAGAAGUACAAUUAUAUUUAUAAAUACUUAAAACGUCAAUAUUGAAAACACAAAUUUAUACACAAUCCAGUUUAAAUUUUCCAGAGUUCCUUUUCAGUCCCACUUAGAGAAACAAUCUGCGGACCCCGAAAUUUUCAAAAAAAUAUUUGAUGCGUAACGAUUAUAUUAAGCAAAUAAUGCUUUCAAGGUGUUAAUUGUUUUCACUAUAAUUUUAUGUAAUUUCUGUAAAUACCAUUUUAUAUUAUAUUUAUCUAGUCUGUUCAAGGUUUUCAAAUCCGUUUGAAACUGUUGUAUAUGAAUUCCUAAAGAAAACUUAUAUAAUAUUGAUAAUUCGAUUGUUUUAAUUCGACAAAUUUCAUUUCUACUUUAUAUAAGAUAUUUUGUACCAGUGAUAAAAAUACAAAGUGCAAUGUUGACAUAUAACACAUUUCAAAAAUGGACCAUUGAAAUUUAUUGUCAUUAGUAUUUGGAAAAUUUUAUACAAGUUAUUCAAUUCCUUAUGAACUAUAAGGUCACAUUUUUCUAUUCAACGUGAAAUUUAUUCAAUGACAUUUCCAAUAAUCCAAAAUUAAAUUCUUGAUAAAAUUAAACCCCCCGCCAAAUUGAGUUUAUGAUUGUUAGGAAACAGUCUUGAAGGAAAAUUAUACUUUCAUUUUACAUGUUGAAAAUGAAAUAGACAGAAAAUUCUACCGAUUUUGAAGCAGUUUUAUUUUGAAACUGAUGACAGUUUGGAAUAACACCCUGCUUAUUAGAUAAUUUGAACUUCUUUAAAGAAAGACCUGAUCAAUUUCUUCCAAUGUCAGACACAGUCAUUGGUUCAUUGUUACUGGAAAUGUAAAUGCAGAGAUUAUUACCAGCUCUGCCUACUGCAACUGUAUGAAAUUUUCUACUAUAAUAAACAAAAAAUUUUAUAAUUCCAGUUUGAGACUGAUAAGGGAAAUUCAUCAAGAUCUUUCUUGUAGAAAUCUACUGUUAUUACAAAACUCCUGUAAAUAUUUUUAGUGGUUAAUUCCAAAUUUUUUUUUCUGAUAUUGCAACUUGAAGAGAAGAUUUGUCUGUCCUUCAAAUCAAUUAGACAGAUUAAGCACUAAAAAGAGAAUUAUUGAUGGUAAUUUAAAUUUACCUGAUACGUAAUCCCUUCAAGUUCUUAUCAGAAACAAGCAUAAGUAUAUAGUGCCAUUAUUUUCAUGUAAUAGUUAGGAUUUUUUAUAAAUGUUUUUAGGCGAAUAGGAUAUUAUUUAUAAUAUACACUUGUUAAUUUAGCGAGAAUGCAUCCACUAACAUUUGGAGUCUGUGCAGGAAGUUACUUUGAAAUAUGAAUAUUGGUGCUUUCCCAGCUGGUUAUCGGAUGUACUCUGUUCAUCGGCUGUCGACACGGAUGACCCACUGUAUAAAAAAAAGGGAAGACCUUUUGAUUCAACACAACCCUCCUGGCAUUUCAAACUGAAACCUAGUAUUUUCUGUUUUCUGUCAUAACAGAAGAUGAAAUAAUGAUAGUCCAUUUAUAUGUUGAUGGUAUUGAUGUUGAUGAAUAAUAUAUAAACCUAUAUUUACCAUUCACUAUGCAUUAACAAUUGCAAUUCCAUUGCUAAUUAUGAUUUCAAUACUGUAUCUCAAGAAUUUCGAAAAUGAAAUUAGAUUUCAAAAUUAUUUGUUUGACCUACUAUUUUUCUAAUAUAGUCAUUUGAUGUGUUUGAUGUCUUAUAGACCAGCUUUUGAAUAUUCCAGGAGCAUUGUGUAACAUCUUAAACUUAUUGUUGAUAGUUUCAAAAUAAUUGUAGGAAUCUGAUCAACUGUGUGGUCUAAAAUGUCGUCCGUAUGUGUUGAAUGUUCUACUUCCCCAAGGAACAUAGUGUUCAUUGUUGUAGCCUUUUCAAUUUGUUUGGAAUUUCAAAGUAUGAUAUCUAUUCUGUAUAUUGAACUAAAGAAAAUUGAAAUUAUAUAGUUAUACAUGGAUAUAUGAACAUAUAUUUUAUCUACUGUUGUGUGCACUAUCCUUGCACAUAGUUUUAAAGUUACAAUCCAGAAUCUGGACUGGAUAAGUCCGUUUAGUCGGAAGACCCUAUCUCCACUGAACUAUUGUAGAAAUGCCUUACUCACAGUGCCUCAACAGAAAGUAUAUCUCUAAUUAUGUACACAUCAAUUGAUGUAAAAGCAUGUCAUUGUAUUUAUUGGUUUUCAGAGACCUGAAAUUUUUAUUGAAGGCUAGGUGUUUGGUUUUUCAGAGAUUCACAACUAGGCAGCUAACUAAAUUCCAAUGUAAAAUUCAAGAGCUAUGUUAUUAUAUGUUAUUCGAAACAUUUCAAUUUGUUCAUUUCAUUCUAUAAUUUUCAUUUCAGAAAGGAAUAUUUCCUGUUAUAUGUGUUUCCCUAGUUUGGUUUAAUCAGAUGAAUGCGUAGCUUUCAUUACUAAUUGAAGGAAUCUUACAAGAGCCAUUACUUGGAUAAACCGUUCCAGUUCAGUUAUCUUGACAAUUCACAGGGUAUUGUUCCAUUCUAGUUAGACUUCACUAUGCUGGACAGCCGCUGCUUGUGCCUUCUUAUUAUCCUGAAAACCUUUUCAAUCCCCAAUUUGGCUUCCGUGUCACUGCACCAUCAUCUACUUUCAUGUUAAUUAAGAAGGAUAUCGAACCACCAUUUUAUUUGUCAUAUUUAUGUUUGAAAAAUACUUCUGGCUUAUUUUGAAUGGACGAAAUAAUCAUCUGCCAAAUGGAAUAUAUGUAUAGUUUAACUUUGUUUGAUGGUGCCAUUGUCAAUAUCUAAAACAUUGGAUUGCUUAUAAAAAAUAUCUUUUUCUUUCGAUUUCUUAUACUAUUGUUCAAGAUUGAUGUGAUCUCAAAAAACACAGCUACUUAUGGAAGAAGUACAAUGGCAAAUAGAUCUUGCACCUUAAGUUUCAACUAUACAACUUUAUGUAUCUAAUUACAUAAUAUUGAAGAUAGUUUUUUAUUCUUUUUGUUUUCAGUUUGGAUUGAUGCAUGGCAUAUAUUACGUCCAUUUGACGUAAGCAUUUUCAAUCAUGUGCAAUAUUAAUCUGAACGUUAAUUUAUCAAUAAUGUAAUGAAUUUAAACCAAAUAAAAUUGUUUGUUACA